UUUUGACAGCGAACUGACAGUGACAGUUGAGUAAAGAGAGCUAAAUAUUUAUCAGUUUUGGUUUAUAGCUCUUAUCAUUUAUGUUAACAUUUGUAUAACAUUAGUUUUUGUUGUGAACGUAUGGUUCGCUCACUCUGAAGAUGUAGUAUAAUAACAAUAUGUUGAGAAGCGGAAAUUUCACAUGUUGUGAUCGCCUAAACUGCUUACAUAAGUAAACAUUGAAUUAUUACUGACCUAGUGGAGGUAUCCUUGGGAUUAUGAUUGAUUAUUACUAGUAACAAAGCACCUAAACGUCUUAAAAUGUGGGUUAAGCCGCAAGAAGUACUUUUAGCUACGGCGCUAUGGGUAACGGAGGAAACUACAAAAUACUUUAUUUUACAACAUCGCAAAGGUCAUGGUAACUCGAAGGGGUUGUCUUCUUUACUGGUAGGAACAAUGGAUAGUAUUUUCGAUAGUAAACCACCACCUUAUCGAAUCUUACAUCAAACGCCGACCUCCGAAGUCUAUUGGUUAAUUGCCUGUUCAAUGACGAGGCAAGAAAUAUUGAAAGAUUGGGAGUGGUUGUUUAACAAUGUAUACGAGACAUUACGGACAUUCGAUAAUGAGGACGACAUCACUGAUUUUGUCAGUUGCAAAAUAGAAUCGAUAAUAGCAGUGCGACAAGAUCAAGAUAUUGAUGAUGAGGAUACCAAGGCCUUUAAAGCCACUUGUGAUAAAUUUCAUCGAUUGUUUAUUAUUCCUCAGGAGGAGAAAUUGGUUAAUUAUUAUUCAUGCAGUUAUUGGAAAGGAAAACUGCCGCGGCAAGGAUGGCUAUACCUCUCUGUAAAUUACCUGUGUUUCCACGCUCUUAUAUUUGGCAUAGACACAAAACUUGUGUUACGAUGGUCAGAAGUGACUGAAUUGGGUAAAACGAAUGGCAUAGUAUUCCCAGAUUCAAUUAGGAUAGCGACAAGAGAGAAGGAAUACCAUUUUAGUAUGUUUUUAAAAAAGAACGAAACGUUUACAUUAAUGGAACAAUUAGCUGAUUAUGCUGCAAAAAGGUUAAUAGACGAUAAAAGAUGUUUCAAUGAGGAUAGAGACUUAUUAAAUAAACUUAGCAAAAAUGUACCGAAAAAGGCGUCAUUUUUGAAAAGAGAUCUGGAUGCUCGUUCACAUUCAGAAGCGUAUAGACUAAUGUUUAGGUUACCGACCACGGAAAAGUUGGAUGGUUCCAUUGAUUGCACGUUAAUGACGCCAUACAAUAAAAAACAUGUUAAUGGUCGACUAUUUUUGUCACAGAAUUACAUUUGUUUUGAAAGUAGGGUAAAGUCGUUAGUCAGUUUAGUAAUUCCACUUCGUGACAUCAAAGUUGUAGAAAAUAUAGAAAAUAAUGUAAGUAAUGCGAUGCUCGAUAAGGCAAUAAUUGUUACGACAAAGAAUGAAGUGGAUAAAACCAAUUUUUUAUUUGCUCAAGUCUCUGAUAGAGAUUUUCUCGUUAGAAAAAUAUCUGAACUUUUAUCAAGGACGCAAGCGCCUUUACACUCCUUUGAGACCAUGAGUAUGAAUAGCAAUGGCAGUAGCGGCGACGCUCAGUCGUUCUCCUCUGCAGAAGAAAUAACAUCUUGGAAAUGUCAGCCCCCGUUAAUGACCUUGUUUCCACUCAGUCCCAUAUUUGAUGUGUCGAAGAAGCAGAAGGAGAGAGAAAAGUUGUGGGAAUUACACUUUAAUGAAUUUGGCAGAGGCGUGUCUAUGUACAGAACGAUUGAUAUAGCAAAGUUGGUUUUGCAAGGUAUACCCGAUUCGCUAAGAAUGGACACGUGGAUGGCGUUCUCCGGUGCGGCAAACGAAAAGGCGACGUAUCCUGGAUAUUACAAGUCGUUAGUUGAUCAAGCGUUGCUGAAGCAGUCAACGGCGAACGAUGAAAUCGAACGCGAUUUACAUCGUUCUUUACCAGAACAUCCUGCAUUUCAAAAUUCCAUCGGUAUAGAUGCCUUGCGCCGAAUUCUAUGCGCGUACGCGUUACGCAAUCCAAACAUCGGCUAUUGCCAAGCAAUGAACAUUGUGGCGUCCGUUCUGCUUAUAUAUUGCGGAGAGGAGGAGGCAUUUUGGUUGCUAGCAACCUUAUGCGAAAAUUUGUUACCGGACUACUAUAAUACUAGAGUUGUUGGUGCUGUUGUCGAUCAAGGAGUGCUCGAUAAUUUAAUUUCCGAACAUUUAUCAACUCUGCACGUCAAGCUAGAACAGCUAGGGAUGAUUAACAUCAUUUCUUUGUCGUGGUUUUUGACAAUAUUUUUAAGCGUAAUGCCUUACGAGAGUGCAGUAAACGUUAUGGAUUGCUUCUUCUAUGAUGGCGCUAAGGUUAUUUUUCAAAUGGCGCUAAUGAUUUUGGAUUGGAAUGAAGACAAGUUGUUAAAGUGUGGAGACGAAGGGGAGGCUAUGCAAUUAUUGUCGGAUUAUCUGAUGGGAAUUUAUAAUGAUGAUGGAAGAGGUGCUGUUAGAAAUAAGGAUUAUGAUAGUCAGAAAAGGAGCAUUUCAAUUCAAACAUUAGUCUAUGAAUCCUACACCAAGUAUGGAUCCCUAACAACUGUACAAAUAGAACGUCUCCGUCUGAAGCAUCGAUUACGGGUUGUCCAAGAAUUGGAAGACAAUUCUGAAAGGAACGUUAUUAGAAGUGUUAUUAAUGAUAGUUUCUUUACGACUCACGAGUUACAAGACAUUUUAAGUGUAGUUAGGGAAGAAAUUUUAAGUCAAAAGAGGCCAGCACUGGAGAGGUAUGACCCCUCGCUGCAACCAUAUGAAGGCUAUAAAGUUGAUUUUGAAUAUUUUAAGUUACUAUUUGCAGUUCUUUCUCCUUGGGGUAAAGGAGAACAAGCCGAGUCGUUAGCUGGGAGAAUUUUUACUCUAUUGGAUGAAAAUCGAGAUGGCUACUUGAACUUUAGAGAAUUAGUUGCAGCUUUGGGCCUAACAUGUACAGCAGAUCCAACACAGCGACUGAAGUUGCUUUUUAUUGUACACCUUCCGCCAUUGUUGUGUAUGGCCGACAUUGAAUCUCCCGUUCGAAAUGAAUCUGGUGCCGAGAUAGCUUCGGAAGCUACUGAUUUUUUCGAUGUUUUGGAACAACAAAGUGUGACAUUAGACACGCUUAGUAGCACACCUGAAGAACCUUCCACGCCUACAGCUUCCGGAAUACAAUCCCUUGAAUCAUUGAAGUCAGUGGAUACAUCAAUGACUCAACAGAGUGGAGGCGGAGAAUCUACUUGGGAAGUAAAAAGCUUAACCAAUCUACGGAAUAUCGCGCGAUGUACUGAUAGUAAAAACAAUUCUAAAUCGGUACCGAAAAUGACCCAACCUCACUUUGUUAUGCUAUGGAAAACCGUUUAUGACAUUUUUCAAGCACAACCUGACGAUCAGGAUACCUACCAUUCCAUUGCCAAUGUUGGGGUUCAACUGUUUCAAUUGGGUGACGUGGGAAAGCAAUUUUUCGGAAAUCGAGACGAGUCCGAUGACAGUCUUGUCGCAGCCGCCUGUGCAGCAAUGUACGAUCCAGUCAAAGUCGCAGAUAACUCUCCAGAUAAAAACGGUAAUCCGAGUCUUAAAGGCCAAAUAGAGUGGUACAUCACAGUAGAACAAUUUUUAGCGUCUGUCUUAAAUGCGAAGGAGCUGGCUGAUUUCUUCUCAAAACGUACUUCAAUCUCUGAUAAUAUCGGCCAGUUUAAAACUAACAGGUUUAACAGAUUGCAUAGCUACGAAACUCAGUCUAAAAAGGUGUAACUUGAUCUUUAUGUCGAAGCAGCUUUUAGAGAGCAUAAAGUUACUUGAUACCUUAUUAUUUUCUAAUUGUUAUGGCUAUUGACACUUCUAUUAGGGAAAAGUUAUCGCAAGAUGUAUAAAUUUUAUAUGAGCUUGUUAUAUUUUUAUACUUUUAAUGUGCAUAUAUUGAUGUAAAGGAAGUGAUAAAGCUUGUAUGCAUUCCAGAAUAUUAUGUAUACACAAUUUUAUGGUGUCUAACAAAUGUACCUAUUUUAUUAGUAGAUUGUAUAAAAUGAAGUAUUGAAGUAUUUUUUGUAUAUUUGAUUUGAGUUACUAUAUUAUUAACCUCUAUUAAAUCAUUUUAUUGUA